AUGAUGAAAGGUGCUUGUGCCUAUGGUCAGGGUUUUGUUAUUCCUAGUUACUCUACUCUUCGUACCUGUUUGAUUCCUGAAGCUAAGGUAGAGAUCAUGGAAUAUGUGAGCAACAAAAAGUCAACAUGGGAUGGCACAGGUUGCACAAUAAUGUCUGAUUCUUGGACUGACCUAAAGAAGAGGUGGGUCAAUGUGAUAGCUUAUUCUCCUGGUGGGGCUGUAUUCCUGAAAUGUAUUGAAUGUGGUUCAAAUAGUAUUACUGUUGGAUAUCUUUUUAGAGAAAUAUCUAAUGUUAUUGAAAUGCUUAGACCACAACAUGUUGUGCAAUUUGUUUCAGAUAAUGGUGCUAACUAUAAUUGUUGUGGUGAUAUGUUGAUUGGAAAAUGGUCUCACAUGUAUCGCAUAAAUUGUGCUGCACAUGGGAUUAAUUUGCUUUUAAAGGAUAUCCAUAAGCAUGUUAGAUGGAUGAGAGAAAUUAUUGAUGAUGGUAAACAUGUAGUGGAUUAUAUGCACAGGCACACAGCUAUUAUAGCCUUAAUGAGGGAAUUCACAAAUGACAAAGAGAUUAAGAAACCUUGCAAGACAAGGUUUGCUACUAAUUUUUUAAUGCCCCAAUCUCUUAUUGUAGUUGAGAAUGAGUUAAGGCUAUUGGUUGCAUCAUCUAAAUGGAGAGGCUUCCAUUGCAAUAGAGUUGAAAUAGCAUUAAAGACUGUCAGGAUAAUUCAAUCUGAUAUAUUCUGGGAAGAGGCAAAGGAGGUUAUUGCUUUUAUGGAUCCUCUCAUUAGGAUUCUUCGCCUUGUUGAUUCAGAUGGUUCCACUGCAUGUUACUUGUAUGAAGCAACUGUUAGGGCAAAAGAAAAAUUGAGGAAGUUAAAGGAGAGUGAUGGAGUAAAGUACUUUACCAUAUUGGAUUUGUUUGAUACAAGGGUGGAAAAGAAUAUAAUUCAUCCUGUUCUUGUGCUUGCUGUAGCUUUAAAUCCUAAUGAUUUGUUUGAUGGUGGACUUUUUAUUGAGACAAGUACAAUUGUGCAAGCUCAAGAAUGUAUUGUGGCAACCAUGGUUCCUCUAGAAGAUCAUGAGCAAUUCACUGCAGAAAUGGUUGAGUAUCGAAUGAGGAGCCCAAAUUUAUUCAAUAUCACAGGAAAGUCUUUAAUGAAAACUAACCAUCCAAAGUUUUGGUGGGAAUAUAUGGGUGGUUGUCUUCCUAUGGUUCAGAAGGAGAAGUAUGAAAGCGGAGCAAUUCAGGAUACAAAACCUAUUGACCUAGAGAAACUUGGUGAUUUGCCUGAUGUAAACAUUGAGUUGGAGACAGAGAGACUUGAAGAGACAUAUGUUGAACCUAUUCAUGAUCAACCUAAUUCUAUAUUAUGA